UUAAUACUAGCUGCUUGCGGCUGCGCGUUCCAGCGAAUUGGAGUAAUUUGAAUAUUUUAUCAUCGCUUGACACCCGCCUCCCAUGCGGUUCUUAUGGACCACUUAUGAUCGGCUCUUCCGUUUAAGCUGCAUUGUCAGCGGUCUGCGUCUGUCAGCGAAUUCUCCCCGCGACGGCGGACCGACAUUUUGCCCCGCGCUUCAUUCCGUCCUCACCCGGAAAGUCACGAUGCAUUCCGCGCAAAAUGCAGCCCACCGCAGUAACGGCGACUCGGACGGAACCGAGAAGACCGGGCCGGAGCUCCCUGCUGGGAACACCCCCGCGCUCUUUGUGGGAAACACCGGCUCCCCAGCGGAAGUGAGGCGGUUUGGGAACGUGCUCGACGUUCACGAAAGAAACAUCCGGACUCCCAGCCCUCUUUUCGGGGCCAAUUGUGAUGACGACUCCGAGGCAGAGUCCUUUCGGGAUGGGAGAACCGAAGAGGUCGACCGGGAAACUAAGAGCAGGGCGUUCAUUUGGUGCCGAGACUUUUUAUCUGGAUCGUGGAGGACCAUCCACGAGACAGAUUUUUACAUCAGCAUCGUCAGGUUCUUCAAAUUCUUUCAUUAUAUACAAAAUAAUGGGGGUCUGAGUAACCAGUUGUACUUGUGUAGUUUGCCUGAUCAUGUACACUGUGUGGAAGAAGAACCUCGCCAAGUCCUCCUCAGAAUCUAUGGUGCCAUUUUGCAGGGCGUGGACUCUUUGGUUUUAGAAAGUGUGAUGUUUGCCAUCCUGGCAGAAAGAACUUUGGGCCCUAAACUGUAUGGAAUCUUUCCAGAAGGGCGUUUGGAACAAUAUCUUCCGAAUACCCGUAUGCUCACACAUCAGUUAUCAAAUCCAGCCAUCUCAGCAGAAAUUGCCACUAAAAUGGCCCACUUCCAUAAAAUGGUCAUGCCCUUCAACAAAGAGCCCAAAUGGCUGUUUGGGAGCAUUAACAAAUACAUGGAUCAAGUGAUGAACAUCAAUUUUGUGCGUGAAGCACAUUUGAAAAAGUAUAAGAAGCUGAUGAAGUUGGACCUGCCUGCAGAGCUGGAGAGUCUCCGUAAACUGCUGGCAGCGACUCCAUCACCAGUGGUGUUUUGCCAUAACGAUGUCCAAGAAGGAAACAUCCUUGAUCUAAAGGACAAAGACGGCAACUCCAUCGACAGUCUCAUGCUCAUAGACUUUGAAUACAGCAGCUACAACUACAGGGGUUUCGACUUUGGAAACCAUUUUUGUGAAUGGAUGUAUGACUACACAUACGACGAGUGGCCCUUUUUCAAAGCAACGCCAAAGAACUAUCCAACAAGAGAGCAGCAGCUUCUUUUUAUCAGAAGUUAUCUGGAUGAAUUUGAGAACCCCCCAGACGCUGGCAUGGACCGCACACAGAUCGAAGAGGACAUGAUCAUCGAAGCAAACCGGUAUGCGUUAGCAUCCCACUUCCUGUGGGGGCUGUGGUCCAUCAUUCAGGCAAAGUUAUCCAAAAUAGAGUUUGGAUAUAUGGAUUACGCUCAGGUCCGGUUCGAUGCCUACUUCAAGCAAAAAAAGCUUUUCUCCUGAACUCUGCAGCCUUGAAUCUUCUCCAUGUUCGUUUCAAACUUUUAUGGACCUUUGCAGGAAUGUUAACGAUUACCAGAAGAUCCUGAGAUAUUAAUCCAAGUGAAUCUUUUGACAGAGAUUGCUCUCAUUUCCAUGUGGUUUAUAAUAAGGACUUUGUGCUGCUAUGGAGAGCAAGAAGACUGUUAUUAUCAUUUUUUAAAUGUGUUUUUAUGUUUAUCUGUUUGUUUUUUCCUCUUUUUAUUUGGACCACUGUAUGUUCUUGGCAUCAGGGAUGCAUUUUGUGCUUGUGAAUUAGAUGUUAUUUUGAAUCAUUGAUUUUAAUCUGAAGUGAUAUCAUCACGAUUUAAGCACGCUCUCUCUCUAUAUAUAUAAAUGACUUUUAGUCAAUCCUGCAAAAACAAACUAGGUAAUUCCUAGUAAUUGACUGUGCACUUCUGUUGCGCUACAUGACUGUUUCUUUUUGUCUCAGUUGUCAAUAUUUUAUUUGAUUUGCUUCAAAAGUUAUUUUCCUGUUUUAUGCCUGUAUUUAGUUUUGUCUGUGUCUUUUAGACAUUUGGAGCUAAAUAUAGUUUUUGUCCAAUGUUUAGGAGCUUUGUAAAAAAAAUUGUAUUUAUGAGCUCAUGUUUAUUUAAACUCCAAUGAAUGUACGCACAAAGUAAAAAUCUGUGUGUAUCCACUCCGUUUCAAUAGAAACAAGCGACUUACCUGCAGCUGUUUUUGAAGCCGUCCUUUUCCAGUUAAAUUUGGCUAUAUUUGCACUUUUAAAUAAAGCCACUGAACUGAU